CUCUGCUUAGUUUAUUACCUGCCCACAACCAGGCACCCUGCUUUGCCUCUGCGCUAACCUUACUUUACUCUUCCUCCACGCUGUCUGUCGCUGUGGCUCGCUGACUGGCUUUUCCCAGGUCUUGGUCCUUUCCCCCUUCUUUUCCCUUCCCUGCCCGGUCCACCAUCUUAGACACGCACACACGCACGCACACACCCGUACCUCCCUAGUCCUCACCUCUCACACCCGCCAGCCAGGGGACUCGCCCGGAGCCAUUCCUUCCUCACCUCGCCUGCUCCGGCCUAUCUCAUCUCUCCUCUCCUCCCACUUUCCUCCUCCAAAAUCCCCAAUCCCAGCCGACAAACACUUGACGGCUGACUUCCUCCUCUCCAAUCUUAUCCGUCUUCGCCUCCUCCGCCUUCUCUCCUCCUUGCUUCCCUUUGUCAACAUCCACCAAGAACGACAAGACAUUACAUUGCAGGGAGGUCCAAAAGGCAUUUGGGCGUCAAUCAAGCGAAAACUUCCGAAACCACCGAACAAUCCACUUUCCAUUGUGUGAUUCGCCCUGUGCAUUCCACACUACAGGGCCCAAACGACCCACGCUUUCCGCUUGACACCUCCGAUUGUUAAGCUUCCCGUCUCCCGCUGGCCCCAUAUCACAGUACACCACCAUCCUGCAACGCCGCCGCCAUACCCUCUCGCUCUCUUCGUCCCGGUCUCAACGAGGAACAGACCAUCAUCCAGGUCUCCUAAUCGACAGAGUCGCUUCCACACGGGAGACGUGCCAUCGCCUCACCCUGUGGCACACGGAUCUCUGACACCUCGCCGUUGCCGCCUCGCCGAAACCAUCGACAACGCCAAACUUGCCCGAGGCCAGCGGACGCUGUCGCACUCAUUUGCAAAGACCAACGAUUUGCUACGCCGUUUCGUACGGCCGGCCAGCCCUCGCUCGCAAAUCCUCGCCGACAACUUGAACCUUGGUCUAUUAAACUUGCGCUACUUGUCGAAAAUCUGAGUUGAUCAAAGUUGGGUCGUUUAAUGAGCGCCCGGUAGCGAAUCCAGACUUCUCGACCGACUUGAUACCUCGACCGCCCCGACAACCACAUUGCGAUCCAAGUGCGACUGUCCUCCAACACAACUCGAUAUGGCCGGCUACGACAACAGACCAUUGAGUUUCUCUGAAAGAAGAGGGAGCAUGCUCAGCGACGACAUGACGCUCAACACCGGCGGAGCCCCUAGCAGUUCAAGGCUCGACAAGAUGCCCCAGCGACCAGGACACAUGAGAGGCCCUCCAACACCGAGCAUGACCACCCCCGCCGCAGACUUUGAUCAGCAGUUGACCGGCUCGCCGCCUCCCCCGCCCACACCAGCAGCCUCCCCUGGCCCCUCUCACCGUCAACUCGACUGGAGCGAUGCCGCUGAUGACGAGGACUUCUUCCUGGCCAAAGUGCGCCAUCAUUUUAAGAACUCGGGCGGCCCUCACCGCACCCGUCUUUUGGCCGACCUCCUGAACAUGUGCACAAGCCAACAGCUGAGCUUCGUUCAUCAGUUCGUCAGUCCUCUUCUCAAGAAGGACCCCUUUACCAGUCUUCCGGAUGAGCUAUGCCUACGUAUUCUCUCUUUCAUCGACGACCCCAAGGUGUUAGCUCGUGCCUCGCAAGUUUCCAGGAGGUGGCGGGACCUGUUGAGCGAUGACAUGACAUGGAAGAAUCUUUGCGUGAAGCAUGACUAUGGCAGACGCUUGUCAGAGGUCUCGACAUCGAUGGGAAGCGGGUUACGGCCUGGAGCUCAGUCUUUGUGGGGGGAUGAAUACGCUAGCAGCAGCUUUCCAGGCGCGCUACCAAUGACGGCUCAUGCUUCGGGAUCUCGCAGCCUCGACGGUUCUGGAAAUGCGCGACCCAAGAUGAGAUCCUACAAGUCGCACUUCAAGCAACGGUAUCUUGUCGAGGCAGCCUGGAGAUCUGGCGGUACCAGUACGACAAGGAACAUAACCCAAGAGGGGGGUGUCGUCACGAGCCUCCAUCUAACGCCCAAGUACAUCAUCGUGGCUCUUGAUAACGCCAAGAUCCACGUGUUUGACACCAAGGGCAAUCAGCAGCGUACUCUGCAGGGUCAUGUUAUGGGCGUAUGGGCGAUGGUCCCUUGGGAAGACAUUCUGGUUAGCGGUGGAUGCGAUCGCGAUGUGCGAGUAUGGAACCUUGCCACAGGUGCAUGCCUCCAUACCCUUCGAGGGCACACAUCGACAGUUCGUUGCCUGAAGAUGUCUGACGCAAAUACGGCGAUAUCGGGCUCGCGCGAUACGACGCUUCGAGUAUGGGAUAUUCGGACCGGGCUGUGCAGAAACGUGCUCGUUGGCCACGGUGCCAGCGUGCGAUGCCUGGAAAUCAAAGGGGACAUUGUUGUCUCCGGCAGUUACGACACCAUGGCCAAGGUUUGGAGCAUUUCAGAGGGCCGGUGCAUCCAGACGCUACAAGGUCACUUCAGCCAGAUCUAUGCCAUCGCCUUCGAUGGCAAGAGAGUGGUAACUGGUAGCCUGGACACCAAUGUGCGAAUCUGGGACCCCAGAACAGCUGAGUGCUUGGCCAUUCUACAGGGCCACACGUCCCUCGUCGGUCAGCUGCAGAUGCGCGGUGACACUCUCGUCACCGGUGGCUCCGAUGGCUCAGUCAGAGUCUGGUCGCUGGAGAAGAUGUGCCCUAUUCAUCGACUUGCUGCACACGAUAACAGCGUGACGAGCUUGCAAUUUGACGAUACGCGGGUCGUCAGUGGAGGCAGUGAUGGCCGAGUCAAGAUCUGGGACUUGAAGACAGGCCACUUGGUUCGGGAGCUCAUAGCCCAAGGCGAGGCUGUGUGGAGGGUAGCUUUCGAGGACGAGAAGUGCGUGGCACUUGCUUUGCGGCAAAACCGUACCGUGAUGGAGGUUUGGUCCUUCUCCCCCCCUGAGGACGUACUGUACGACCGUCCACUCUCUCUCCAACAGCGAGUCUUGUCAGAGGCGCCACAUCGGCCAAUGAGUGCCAUGCAGCUCGACUACAGACAAUCACAGCCGGCAGUCGCAGGUCCUAGUCGAGAAGCGGUCGGCAGCCAGGAUGUCGAUAUGAGAGACGCUGGCCCAUCCACAGCCCCGCUUCAGGGUGGCAACAAGACUUUCUUUCAUGAUGACUAAACUAACUUGGCUUCUGGGUUCUACGGCAGCAUAGUGUCCCUGGGGUAUGACUGGCGACAAGUAUCACCCUGCAUUAGACAGGAGUUGCGUUUGCACUGAACGGGCGUUUUGCUAUGAGCGCAUCACCAAGGCGUUGUACCCACAAUGGCUGGUUGGCGAGAUCGGGGGUUAGCUGACAUGGCUCGUUCAUCGAGAACGCUGCUGAGAAUAGACGGGUGAGGCCCACGAAGACAAGGGCGUCGUCUUUUUGGCGUUGGUCUGGAAGCAUCGUAUGCAUUUGAAAGGGCGGCCAGCAUAGGGUUGACAGCAUUGUGGAGAGAAUUUGUUUGAAUCGUGGGUCUAGAACGGCAGGACAACUGGGUUUCUGGUCAUGAAGACUUCAGGGCUUUAGCGUUGCUCAACUAAGCGCAUGCGGUCGGCCCGGCCGCGUCUUAAUAUACCCCGUGGUAGCGUUUUGUAGAGCUAUAUACUACAUCAAAAUGAGUGCCGAUGAACUCACUAUCUGAGACGACUACCUG